AUGUCCGUAUCAGCAAUAGAUUUCCAGCUUCGAGCUUUACCUGCCGACGUAUUACCAAGAUUUUUCAAAAUGCUAACAGAGGUUCUGAAAACUAAAAAGAAUUUCGACCUUGUACAAGCAUAUCUCGCCGCAGCCAUAAAAAUUCAUAGGGCAACGCUUUGGCUAGGAGAAGAAAAUGGUGAAGACGAGCUAGCAAAAGUGCUGGAAGAACUUUCAACGGAAGAAGAAUGCAUAUGGUCAGAUUAUGACCAAGUAAUGGUUGAAAAUGCCUCUGUCACGCUAUGGGUAAAAAAUGCGCUUUUAUAA